UCGGUUACAACGCAGACACUGCCGCCGCUCGCAGACACUACUCUGCUCUCUCUCAAUCUCCCUCUCUCAUGGCGGACUCCUCGACCCGCGGGACGAAACCCUAAUGGAGAACUGGCGGCGCCGCCACGUCCCCGCGCCGUAGCCUAGCAGCAGCGAGCUCCGUCUCAAGGAUAACGCCAGUGCUUGCCGAUCCGGUGGGGAAAAGUGGGAGCACGGAGCAGCCUCGCCUCGGCGGGGACGCGGCGCCCACCAUGGGGAGCGAUCUCAAGGAGAUGAAGUACAGGCGGAGGAUUGGGGUGGAGGAGCGGCCGCAAUGCAGCGACCCGAGGGGCGGCGGCGCGGACUGGCCCGCGCUGCAGCAGGACCCCGUCGAGCUGCUGCGCAAGCUGGACGAGCUCAGGGACCAGAUCACGCGCUCCUGCAACGUCGUCGGCCAGCCGCGGGAGCACCGCAGGGUCAGCCGACGUGCGGUCUCCAUGCUCCCCGAGCAACUUGAGCCACCGCCUCUGCCGGCGUACCACCGCUCCCGCUAUGGCGGGCGGUAUGGGCACGGCUUGCCACCACCGAGCCCAUACGCACCGCCACGCCCUGAACAUGGGGAAAGGUAUGUGCGGCAGUCUAGUGGGCACUACCGCCAGUACCCUGCGACUGGGAGGCAGUCGGAGAACGGUGGGAUGGGGCCUGGGGGCUACCAUCACUAUGGGUGUGCCUGUCCACACUGUCUUCAUGGGCAGAGGCCUUUGCAGCAAGAGGAGAACAUCCCAAUGGCGAGAUACUUUGCCGGGCAGCAUGAAUCAUACCGGUUCCAGAGGUCGCCAUCAGUGUCAUCCGAUUAUGAUAGGAGGUCUGUGGCGUCAUCACUUUACUCUCAUCGGUCUGUAUCAAAGAGGAGGGCAGAGUACUUCAGGAAAAAGGCAGAACAUAUCUGCCGUCCAGUGGAUGGUGCUGCACCUUUCUCUGUAUGCAGUUCAUGUUAUAAACUACUGCAGAUGCCUAUGGGAAAAUGCAUAGGGAGGAAGCAGAAUCGGUUUCAAUGUGGAUCUUGUUGUCAGAUAAUUAGUUUGAAGCAUGAAGAAGAAAAUGGUAUUCCCUUUGUGCCAUCAUCAUCCUUAUAUGCUCCUGAAAUGGAGCAAUGCUCAAGUGACCAGAUGAGGAGAGAUUCUGCCCAUCAACGCCAUGAGGAUUUCAAUUCUAUGUUCUACAAUUCAAUUGAUCAUAGCAACAUGCAAAACAACAUGGAUUUCACCGAUGAUAAUUCACUUUCUUCGACCAUGAGUAAUGACAGGAUUGAAAAAGAGUGUGGUUCAACUAGAAGCAUUCAGUCAAAAGCUGAGGGUCUCUCUUUCUCUCCAAGUAGGUCUGUAGACAUUGGUAGCCCAAAGGAUAUAUUGUGUGAGAGGGAGGCAGACUGCAAGGUGGAGCCUUCUGUAGAUGGUCCACUUGGCCCACGAUCUCCAGCUUUAGAGGACAAACUUGUUGACCCAUUGUGUGCCCAAGAAAAUGGUAACGAUGAGGAUGAUCAAGGCAUGCCUUACAGAUCAGACCUAACUUGCAAAGGAGAGUAUGAUGUUAGUGAUGAGUAUGAUGUGGGCAUUAGUACAAGAAGCAAACAGGAGAGCAAUGAAGAUGACAAAGAUGCCACUGAAGAUGAAAGGUCAUACAGAAGUUAUGAACAGAAGAGCAAGAGCAAGGAAGAUGACUGUUGCAAUGUUGAGGAUAGUAGCAAAACAUACAGGCAGAAUAGUGGAGAAGAUGACGCUAGUAGUCUAGUAGAUGGAAGUGAAAAGUAUGAGUGUAUGAAUAUUAAAGAUGACGAUAGCAGCCCCGGAGGUGAGGACACAUGGAAUAAAUAUGAGCCAAAGGUCAAAGGAGAUGAAAAUUGUGUUCUUGGAGCUGAGAGUAUUCACAACAAUUGUGAUGAAAAUAAUAAAGAUUUCAUAGGAACUGGAAGCAUAAGUUUGAGACAUGAAGAGCUGAAAAUCGAAGAAGAUAACGGGAAAUUGCAGCAGCCAUUUAUUGAGGAUGCCAAUUCCCAAGCAGGGAGUGGUUCAUCAAUUAAUGAGCGGACAAAUUCUGGGUUUUCUCGUGGUUCCUCAGAGACUGGGUUAGAUGAAGACCAGUCCUCAACCGGUAAGAGUGGGGAUUCAUCAUUUUUUGCUGGUUUCUUGAAGAAGGGUUUCAAGGACCUUUCUUUAUUAAAUAAGUCCAUGGACAGUGUUAAGGUUUCAAUUAAUGGUCAUCCAAUCUCUGAAAGAGCCCUUAAGAAGGCAGAGAAGAAAGCUGGUCCUGUUGAUCCAGGUUCAUAUUGGUACGACUACCGUGCUGGUUUUUGGGGUGUCAUGGGACGAGAGUGUAUCGGCAUUGUCCCUCCAUUUAUUAGAGAAUUUAAUUAUCCGAUGGCCAGAGAUUGUGCCGGUGGGGAUACUGGUGUUUUUGUCAAUGGCAGAGAACUGCACCAGAGAGAUUUAGAUUUACUUGUAGGAAGAGGAUUACCGCGGAUAUCUGGAAAGUCAUAUUCUAUUGAGAUGUCAGGAAAUGUAAUUGAUGAAGCAACUGGGAAAAAACUACGCAGUCUUGGAAAACUUGCUCCCACGAUUGAGAAGUUGAAGCGUGGUUUUGGCAUGCACGUCCCUGAAGAGUUUAGAUAACUGGUUCUAGUACAGGUCUUGGCUUUGCUAAUAGUACACUCUUCAAAGAUUACCAUGGGGUGCAAACCUAUGAUUUCUGCGGAUUGUGGUAUUAAAUCUCAGAUUUCUCUGAAUUGGACUGGAGCUCUACAAGCAAUACUUAAGAUCCUUGGUGUGAAGCGAAGGGUGGCACUCAAGAAGCCAAGAUAAUGUGGUCUAAUGCCUUAACUACCAAUAGUAUCCCUCCUGCUAAUUCCAUUACUUUAAUGGAAAGCACGUUUGCUAGUGACUCUAGUCUAUCAGGCAGUUCUUAACUUCACUGCUCUGCCUGUACAUGCUAUUCCUCAAAUGUGUUAUCAUUGUCGGUACAUUGCCCCAUCACAGGCAACAUAAGUGUUGUUAGAUGUAUGAGCCAUUGUCGGCUUGUAAUAUAUUGGUAGAGAUAUGCUUCCCCUAACAUUUUUUUAUAUGUAUAUAUGUGCUCUUGAUUCAUGAAACUCUUGCCGAUAUGAUUGGCUUUCGGCUCU